CGCUGAAACGUCAUCAAUGUUCGACGAAAGUGGGUGAAAGGUUAAGAAAUCCUUUUCUGCCAGCGGAAACAUUUGAAGUAUAGUUGUUGGUGUGAUUUGUUUGCAAUGAGUUUGAAUAAGAUUGUCAUGUUUUCCAAAUCAAUAAGAUGUAAAAAUUUACUGACACCCUUAAUCGGACUAUCUAGGAGUGUUACUACAAUUCAGUCGCAGCGGUCAUUUAGGACUUACGCACGCAAUCUUGUCUAUGCCAAAGACUUGUUUCUUGGCAAAGUAAACAAGACGGAGGUUUUUCCUUAUCCAGAAAUUGAUAAAGAAGAGCUCGAGGAGAUCAAACAAUUUGUGGCUCCUGUGGAGAAAUUCUUUAACGAGGACGUUGACUCAAAGCGGAUCGAUCAUGAAGCCAAGAUUCCGUCGGAAACUCUGAACGGGCUGAAGGAGUUGGGGCUCUUUGGGAUGCAGGUGCCUGAGGAAUAUGGUGGACUUGGCUUAUCAAAUACCAUGUAUGCCCGUCUGGGUGAGAUCAUAUCUUUGGAUGGCUCCAUCGCAGUCACUCUGGCCGCUCACCAAGCUAUCGGCCUGAAGGGGAUCCUGAUAGCUGGGAAUGAGCAGCAGAAGGCGAAGUACCUACCGAAGUUGGCAGCAGGGCAACAUGUGGCAGCUUUCUGUCUGACGGAGUCGGGGAGUGGCAGCGAUGCUGCAUCCAUCCAGACACGGGCUACGCUGACUGAGGACGGGAAGCAUUUCCUGAUCAAUGGAUCCAAGAUCUGGAUUUCCAAUGGAGGACUGGCAGAUAUCUUCACAGUUUUUGCGCGAACUGAGGUUGUCGACAAAGAUGGGCAGAAGAAGGACAAAAUCACAGCGUUCAUUGUGGAGAGAGCGUUUGGGGGGGUCACCAGUGGCACCCCUGAAGACAAGCUGGGCAUCCGGGGCUCCAAUACCUGCGAAGUGGUGUUUGAUAACACCAAGGUGCCAGUUGAGAACGUAAUCGGAGAAGUUGGUGGUGGAUUUAAGGUGGCAAUGAAUAUCUUGAACAGUGGACGGUUCAGUAUGGGCGGUGCCUGCGCUGGCAUGAUCAAGAAGCUGAUAGAGCUAACAUCGGAGUAUGCUGGGACAAGAAAGCAAUUCAACAAGAGCCUCAGUGAGUUCGGAAUGAUCCAAGAGAAGUUUGCCGCCAUGGCACUAAAUGCCUUUGUGAUGGAGAGCAUGGCCUAUCUGACGGCGGGCAUGAUGGACCGGCCCGGCUUGCCGGACUGCUCUGUGGAAGCGGCCAUGGUGAAGGUGUUCAGCUCUGAGGGGGCAUGGAUAUGCGUCAGCGAGGCCCUGCAGGUGCUAGGAGGCCUGGGCUACGUCAAGAACUACCCAUUCGAGCGCUACCUCAGAGACUGCCGGAUCCUGCUCAUCUUCGAGGGAACCAAUGAAAUACUGAGGAUGUACAUCGCUCUCACUGGAAUGCAGUAUGCUGGAAAAAUACUGACCGGGAAGAUUAAGGAGAUGAAGAAAGGGAACGUAGGUGUGGUACUGCAGAUGCUGGGGAAGAAGGUGCGGGAGUCGGUGAGCAGUACGGUGGACUUUGGCCUGACCGGGAAGGACGGCGUGGUGCACCCCAGCCUGUCGGACAGUGCGAAGAUGUUUGAAGAGAACGUGUACUAUUUUGGCACCACCGUCGAAAGCCUGCUUUACAGAUACGGAAAGACAAUUGUGGACGAGCAGCUCGUUCUGAAGAGAGUAGCAGAUGUGCUUAUUAACCUCUACGCCAUGACAGCUGUCCUGUCACGUGCCAGUCGAUCCAUCAGCAUCGGCCUCCGCCACCACGACCACGAGGUGCUUCUCGCAAACACGUUCUGCUCUGAAGCUUACUUCAAAAACAACUACCUAAUGGCUCAGCUUCAGAAGAAUGCCCCAGAGAACUAUGACGACAGCAUUAAGAAGAUUGCCAAGGAGGUCCUGGAAAAGAGGGCCUACAUCUGCUCCCAUCCUCUUGAGAGAACCUUCUAAUAUGUCCCCUGUGUACAGUAACCCCAAUGAGUCUCCUGUGUGAUUGUUCAGCGAUUUCCAUCCACAAGUUUCACUGCUUGAAUGUAUUUUAUCAUAGGGAUGUCGAAGUUCUGUAGUUUUAGUACAGAGUCUGACACUAAAUUUACAGUAAAACAUUAAUUAAAUGCACAGUUUGUUAAAACGUACUGUGAAGUGCCUAUUAACCUACAGUGGGUGGGUAACUGUUUUUGACCAUGAAUAAUUAACUAGAAGCAUUUAUUUUGGCUAAGCCCUCUGUGGAAAGGGGUGCAGUAGAUCGAUUAGUGCUGUAGGCUCAAUUCCUUGAGCUUAUGGCUAUUAUUGAGAGGGGCUUUUGUAGCUGCCUUUGCCCAAACAGCAAUGAAGGAAGAAUGGUAGGAGGGUCAGGGAUCCUCACUCUGGGACCUUGACUCUGGGGUUAUGUCUGAAUUCAGGGGCCGCAACUUUCAUAGGCUGUGUCCUUCGAUGGUUCUCUAAAAAUCCAUGCUAUGAAUCUUGGGAUAUGGUUGGCUGUGAAAGAUCAAUCGGUGCCUCUUUCAUGGCAUGGGAACAGACAUGGAGGCCAGGAAGCUCCAUGUGGGUGAUGCAGCUUGCCUUCCCUUGGGAGCACCUGGCUGGCCAUCAUUGUUAGGCACCAGAUGCACUUCUACACGUUCCUCUUCCGCCUCCUGCUGGCCGUCAACCAGAGCUCCCCUUACUCCCUGUUGGUGAUUUUGUUGUCAGCUUCUACCUAUGUAAUCAGUUUCCACCUGGUUUGUGUCUGAUGCACCAGCCUGCAGGGGGCACGGUGAUUAGGGAGCUGCAGUCAGUGGUGCAAGUUCUAGAUAAUGUCCCUGAGAAAGACUAUGUAAAUAAUUGAGACUUGUGUGCAGGUGAAAGCAAAAUGUAUAAGUUUUUAUUUAGCAUUUAUACAAUAAUGCCACAUGUUAAACAACCCCGAACUCCACAGCAGGAGCGAUCCUUUGAUGUAAGGUAAUUAUAAACCCGGAAGAAUACAGAUUCUGGAUAAAAGCUGUUCCUAAAAGAUCAGUUUGCAAAAGUACAAAGGGAGUUUGAAAGAUGUGACCGAUCUCUGUGAAUUCACUUAUAAUUAGUGGAACUUGCUUGGAAAUGAUUUGACUUACUACAGUCUAACUCCAAAGUUGUCUUAUUUAUAAAUGGUAACAAUAAAAUCUGAAAUAAUGAA